AAAUCUUGCUUUCUGAUGCUGCUGCUGUUGCUUCCGUUUUUCCACUCUUGAUGGACACAAUGGAGCUGGCAGCUCCCAGGUCUAUCAUGGGCAUAAAGACACCUGACCUGUACCGUCUGGGUACUCAGUGAACUAAGUGGAAAGCAAAGCAGUGGUUCCCAGGACUACUGAGUUUGAAUCGAGCUGUGACACUGUGCAUUGCAGCCAGAGAAGAAGAGAAAGAGAAACUGAACUGAAGCCUGCUUCUCAGAACUUCCUGUUGCUUAGUCUGCAGUUGGGAUACCACUGUUCUGAGCUACCAGCCCUCCCCACUUGUGGUGUUGUCAGAGGGACACUUGGGCAACUACACCAAAGCCACCUACCUCUGACCUUUGGCAGAAUUUCCAAACACGACCCUUUAACUCUAAAUUGAUUGAUUCAGCAUUACGACCUUGGCCCAAGAAGAAAUUUACAAGAAGGCCUCGAGACCCUGAGUGAGACAGGAGAAAUGGGAAUUCUCCCGUGGGUCCCCAUUUUCUUGGUUAUAUGCGUCUUGAUCCAAUCAAGUGCCCUUGGACAAAGCCCAAGACAAGAGCCAUUCGGAAGAAAAUUUCGAGUUACGGGCAUGAAAAAAACACUGCAGGAGACAAAAACCAAGUUCCUGCUCUUCAAAGACAAAGCCAAUCAGGGCUGUGAGAUUCAGCUCCAUCGCCCAGACACGCUCCAGGAGUGCGGCUUCAACGCAUCCCUGCCUUUGGUGAUGAUCAUCCACGGGUGGUCGGUCGAUGGCAAGCUGGAAAGCUGGGUCUGGCAGUUGACAGCAGCGCUGAAAUCUGAGCUGGCCCAGCCAGUGAACGUGGGGCUGGCCAACUGGAUCUCCCUGGCUCACACCCACUACGCCACUGCCGUCCGCAAUGCCCGCCUGGUGGGCCAGGAGGUGGCGGCACUUCUCCAGUGGCUGGAGGAAUCAGCUCUGUUUUCUCGAAGCAAUGUUCAUCUAAUUGGGUACAGCCUGGGUGCUCAUGUCUCCGGAUUUGCUGGCAGCUACAUCAGGGGGAAGGACAAGAUUGGAAGAAUUACAGGGCUGGAUGCUGCAGGCCCGCUGUUCGAAGGAACAUCCCCCAGCGACCGUCUUUCUCCAGACGAUGCCAACUUUGUGGAUGCUAUUCACACCUUCACCCGAGAGCACAUGGGCCUGAGUGUGGGCAUCAAACAGCCCAUAGGACACUAUGACUUCUACCCCAAUGGGGGCUCCUUCCAGCCCGGCUGCCACUUCCUGGAGCUAUACAGACACAUUGCCCAGUAUGGUUUAAAUGCCCUCUCACAGACCAUCAAAUGCGCCCAUGAGCGCUCAGUGCACCUCUUCAUUGACUCCCUGCUGCACCCAGAAAUGCAGAGUACCGCCUUCCAGUGCAGCGACAUGGACAGCUUCAGCCAGGGCAUGUGUCUGAGCUGCACCAAGGGCCGCUGCAACACGCUGGGCUACCACAUCCGCCAGGAGCACCACAGCAAGGGCAAGCGGCUCUUCCUGGUGACCCAGGCCCAGUCACCCUUCAGAGUUUAUCAUUACCAGUUCAAGAUUCAGUUCAUCAAUCAAAUUGAGAAGCCAGUAGAACCGACUUUCACAAUGUCCCUUCUUGGAACAAAACAGGAAAAGCAGAAAAUCCCCAUCACCCUGGGCGAAGGAAUCAUUACCAAUAAGACCUACUCCUUUCUGAUCACGUUGGAUUUGGAUAUUGGUGAGCUGACCCUUAUCAAGUUCAAGUGGGAAAACAGUGCUGUGUGGGCCAAUGUCUGGAACACAGUGCAGACCAUCAUCCCCUGGGGCACAAAGCCCCACUACUCGGGCCUCAUCCUGAAGACCAUCAGAGUGAAAGCCGGAGAAAGCCAGCAAAGAAUGACAUUCUGCUCAGAAAACAUGGAGGAUCUGCAGCUUCACCCCACCCAGGAGAAAAACUUCGUGAGGUGCGAAGUAAACCUGAAGAUGACGAAGCCAUAGAUCAGAUGAGCUCUUGUCAGGACCCAGGGUUAAGAAUAAAUAAAAAUACAAUUACUCCUCA